AUGCAAAGGUACCACAAGAGGACAUUUCAGAGAAGACCAAGUGUUAACACCCCUAGCCCCGACUCUGUGAUUUACCAGGGAGAAUGGGUGGAAUUUACUCCCUAUGAGGUUGGGUUCCUGAAAUAUGGAACAUUUGUGUGUCCAGAGAAUUUUGGAAGUGAGUUCUUCAUGGGUCGCAUGAUCAAGAAGCUCCCAGAGUCUCGGAUAAGUUACCUUCAUGGAAUGUGGAGUAGCAUAUUUUCAGUGAACCUGUUAUAUCUCUGGAACACAAUUAGCGAUUUAGAGGAAUUCUGGCAUAGAUGGACUCGAGACAAAAUUAUAGAUCUUGAGGAAGAUCCUAAUCUACCUACAAGGCCAUAUGAGUUAAAGAGCCACAUGUAUGUCCCCGCUGGAAAUCUUUCCAGUGCAUUUCGAGGAGUCUUGACAGAUCGCCUUUCUGUUGCCCAAUAUUACAAUUUUCUUAAGGGUUUACAGCUCCAUAGUAAUUACUUAGAAAAUGAACAGUUUCAGAGAUGGAAAGCUACUGUGUUAGAUUGCUGUCCCAACCAACUAACAGAACAUGAAGACCAUGUGGGACUGGUGGAUGCUGGAUUUUUCAUCAAUACGAGCUGUCCUCCGCUUUUAAGAAAAGAGAGAAAAGUAGAUAUCAUUCUGCAUUUGAGUUACAGUGGAGGCUCACAAACCCUGCCUCUGGAAGAAGCUUGCAAGUUUUACUCAGAGCAAGGUAUCCCCUUCCCAAACGUUGUCCUUACCGAAGAAGAUAAGAAAAACCCAAAGGAAUGUUACUACUUCAAUCAAACAGGUACCCCUGAGUGUCCAGAUCUGCUUUUCUUCCCAUUAGUGAAUGACACCUUCCAACAUUACAGAGCACCUGGUGAAAAACGGAAUAAUGAUGAAAUUGACGCAGGAAAAGUUGAUGUUUCCAGUAUCAACAGCCCAUAUGGUACUCACCUCCUCACGUACUCUGAUGACAAUUUUGACAAACUGGUGAAUCUGAGCGAAUACAACAUUUUGAAUAACCAGCACAUGAUUCUGCAGGCUUUACAUGCUGUUGUGACACGGAAAAGGCAACAUUACUAA